AUGCCACUGGAGAGCAAAUAUGCCCUUAGAGUCUCUUCUAUUCCUGACUAUACCACCAAGGAGCAGUUUGCCGACUUCGUACGAAGCGUCUCCGCAGCGGGAGACUGCAAGAGACAGUCCAUCUUCUCUUCUUUGAAGGUUAAGCAUUGGAGGAAGAUCAGCAAACGCAGCUUAGGAAUACCGGCGGAGCCUUCGCGGCCGGUCUCGCCCUCCACAAGUGGUCAGGAUGAUGGUACCCCCUUGGUGAGAGGCAGUGAUGACGGUAUUCGUACCUCGUUUGCUAGUCAACAUAGCCUUGAGGUCGGGACUAUAGCCUUUUCAUCCAAGAAGACAUCCGAGAUAGUCCUUGAGAGGCAUGAGAGGGCAAGGAGGGAUGAUGUUGGCUAUCCGUGGAAAGACUGGGACUUGUCGAACAACUUCCAGGGAAUUACGGUCCUCUACGAACCUGCGGCCGAGGAAGAGAAUGAGGGAGGAAUCGAAAAUGACGAAGGGAAAGGAAGAAUAGGAGCAGAUAAGAGAGCCGAAGGCAGUCAGAGAAGCAAAAGGGCCAAAGUGGAUAUGGACAUCUGUGCUGUUCACGGGCUCGGCGGGAACGCCAUGGAUACGUGGAAUGCUUCUGAUAAGGGCAUAUUGUGGCUCCGGGACCACCUUCCUUCUUCGGAGUACUUCAGCAACAGCCGAAUCAUGACUUUCGGCUAUGAUUCCGACUUGACAGAUCCUGGCACCGUGGCGGGGCUGGAGAACUGGGCAGAGUCGCUGAUUCACUGCUUAAGUGAAGAACAAGCACGCCCACUACUUUUUGUCUGCCACUCAUUGGGUGGCCUGGUCGCUAGAAAGGCCAUGUCACAGCUUCCAACAUCCAACAUCAAGGGCAUCACUGUGUCACAAUGUGGACUGGUUUUUCUUGCAACCCCACAUACUGGCACUACCAAGGCGGAUUGGAGCGACUUUAUAGUAGCAGCUGCCGGAACAGUGGCCGGCGUUAGACCAGAGGUUGUUUCGCAUCUUCAGUCAUUCAACCCUGCCUCUGUCUGGGAUAAGAAGGCGUUUCUGAAGCUAACCCCACGACCUCCCUUUCGAUGUUUUGCCGAAGGUCGCAAGAAGCUCAUAAAGGGCACACAUCAACACGUUGUCACGCAAGCCUCGGCAUCUUUGGACCCCGAAAACCCUGCCGUCAUGCUUCUACACCAGGAUCACAGCGCAGUCUGCAAGUUUAGCACAAAACUUGGGGCCUACGUUACCGUUAGCUCUGCUUUGAACCAAGUAUUUUCAGAGUUAACCGGCAGGCUGGAACCUGAACAAGGACAGGAACGACGUAUGUUUGGCCAUCCACGCUUUGUUGCUCAUGCAUACCCACCAAACAAGAAUUUUUGGUGGGAGGGUAGUGAGAUGAAUGAGAUUCAGUAUCGACUUACGCUUCAAACGCCGUUGGUCGGGCGGAACGAAGAAAUGAGUAAGCUCGAGAUGACAGUGACUCAACCUCCCACAAGGCCGAAGUUAACGGUCGUCAAAGGUAUAGCAGGAAUCGGGUACGCAACACUACCUACGGGACUAGUCUCUUUUGCUAACAGAGGGUGUAGGAAGACGGAGCUGCUCAUGAGAUUCGCGGCCAAGCACAGAUACCGCCGAAACAUCUUCUUCCUCAGAGCUCAAAACUCCAAGAAGCUGGAAGAUGCCCUCUCCACCGUCUGUCACAGCAUCGGAUUUGAUAUGAUCGAGAACCCGAGUGUCAACUGGGAGCGUUGGCGACGGACUGAAACGCCUGAAAGGAUUCAAAUCUUUGUCGACUGGCUGGGAAAGGACUUUAACAGGGAUUCACUUCUCAUUUUAGACGACGCAGAGAUAUUCGGGGCUUCAAGCAUUCAAAGCGCACUCAAGUAUCCAGCAUGGCAUAUAGUCAUGUCGACUAGAGACUCGAACCUCAAGGGGCCUGGAAGAGAGUCCCAGGAUCUUCGAUUGGCGCCCUUGACCGACAACGACACGGCCUUUCUCCUGCAAAAGUCAAUACACGACUUGUCGCCAGAGGAUUCGCAGCUUUUCAAUAGACGAGACUUUCAAAGUUUGGCGAGAGCUAUCCAAGGUCAUCCCCUCGCAGCACAAAACGUGGUUCCCUUUCUUUUGGAAUAUCUUGGAACAUUCGACAAUCCGACAGAAGAGUUUGUUCGAAUCCUCGACAAUGGGACCGGGGAAGAGCGGAAAAUCUUUUUCAAAUUUGUGGCAAGAGACCGGACUGAUCGGUCUCUUUGGGAUGUCUUCAAUAGCUCCAUCGAGUUACUGAAGCAGAAAGAGGGCUCGGAGAACGCCGUGAAGCUUCUACAGCUGCUUCCCUAUCUCCGCACAGACGACGAUUGCAUAGAUUCCUUUCUGAAGACCAGUAAGAAAGGACUACUCUCACAGGCAGAUGUUUCGCCUCAUGGCGUAGUUCUUCAAUCGGAAUAUCUGGUGGUGUCAAAAUGGCUUGAGAAGCUUCGAGAUGUUUCGCUCUUUGUUUCGAACGGGCCACGAAGAUCUAAAAAGCUCGACAUUCACCCACUUGUUUUGCAGUUUGCGCAGCUGCUACCUAGUGAUGAAGCCCGGAGACACCAAAUCAGGGACCUCUUGCAGCUUUUCUACGAGCUCAAUCAACGACAAGGAGAUGUGCAUGUCAUCCCGCAUGUCAACCACUGUUUAGACAUUUGUUCCCGUUUCGAAAUCUCACCACGAGAUCUGGGUCUAUCACUAGACGUCAUUUCCUGGCUAGAGACUAUUUCUAUGGAAGUGAGAAAGCACACGGAGUCAAGCAACAAUCCUUUCAUGCAGGAAAGCGACUCCAUUGCUGACAAGACAAAGGGGUUCAUUUUGCUAUGUGCAAGGACCCAGAAAAAGCUCAAAGACGUUGACCUUCAACUCGGAAACGGUGGCCAAAAUCAGCAACUGGUUCUCAAAUGUGUUGGGACGUUUAGAGAGCUGAGAGUUUCGUUGAGACACGAGGAAGCAUUCUAUGGCCUGCAACCUUUGGCACAGCAGCUGGAAGACGCUGUCGGAAGUUUGUCCGAGAUGCUUUCGAGGGCGCUGCCGGGCUUUGGAUGA